CCUCUCCCGUGACGUGCCUGGCCGUGGCUGCGCAAGGGUGCUGUAGCUGCCAGUGCCGCUGUCAUGGCGUCGGAGGCGCUGGCUGAGGAGAACCCACCGCGAUCUCUUUAGAGCGAGGGGCGGGCGGCUGGGUAUGGAGAGCGGCCCCGAGAGACUGCAGCCGCUAGAACACGGGGUGGCCGCCGGGCCAGCGCCGGAGAUAGAUUCUCCGCCGGAAGGGCGACAGGAGACCGGGCUCGUGGCUGGGGAUGGUCGUGGAGUAUGGGCGGCGGAGAGCUGCGGCGCGAACGGACAGGGGGCGACGGCUGCCGGGGGGAGCCUCUCGGACUCGGCUUCUCCCGCCGGCUCUCCUCUAGUUUCCGGACCCUGCAGCCCCCUCCCGGGCUUGGACUUGAGCGAGAGCGAUUCGGAGAGUAUUGCUGCCCAGAAGCCGCCUCUGAGAGGGCAGCACAAGGUGACUGCCUUCCCGGAGACAGCCGAGGCUGGAGCGGGCCCCGGGUUGGGUCCGGCCGUAGAUGCUGGGCCUCGCCCGGCUCCCGCCGGCACCUGCCAGGCAGAGUUGGCGGCCGCGGGCCCCGAGGAGCCCAGCAGCGCCGGCGGCCUCAGCAGCAGUUGCAGCGACCCGAGCCCUCCUGGGGAAUCGCCGAGCCUGGACUCCCUGGAGUCGUUCUCUAACCUGCAUUCUUUCCCCAGUAGCUCCGAGUUCAAUAGUGAGGAGGGAGCUGAGAACAGGGUCCCCGAGGAGGAGGAGGAAGGCGCGGCGGUGUUGCCCGGGGCUGUGCCUCUGUGCGUGGAGGAAGAGGAGGAGGAGGCGGGGGAAGCAGCUCAGGUGUUGGCGGCCGCCAAAGAACGCUUCCCGGGACAAUCUGUCUAUCACAUCAAGUGGAUCCAGUGGAAGGAAGAGAACACACCCAUCAUCACCCAGAAUGAGAACGGACCCUGCCCUUUGCUGGCGAUCCUCAAUGUUUUGCUUCUGGCCUGGAAGGUGAAACUUCCACCGAUGAUGGAAAUCAUAACUGCUGAACAGCUGAUGGAAUAUUUAGGAGAUUACAUGCUUGAUGCAAAGCCAAAAGAAAUUUCAGAAAUUCAGCGUUUAAACUAUGAACAGAAUAUGAGUGAUGCUAUGGCAGUCUUGCACAAACUACAGACAGGCUUGGAUGUAAAUGUAAAAUUCACUGGGGUUCGAGUGUUUGAGUAUACACCAGAAUGCAUAGUAUUUGAUCUUCUUGAUAUUCCUUUGUACCAUGGGUGGUUAGUGGAUCCACAGAUUGAUGACACUGUAAAAGCUGUUGGUAACUGCAGUUACAACCAACUAGUGGAGAAGAUCAUCUCCUGUAAGCAGUCAGACAAUAGUGAGCUGGUUAGUGAAGGCUUUGUAGCUGAGCAGUUUCUAAAUAACACAGCCACUCAACUGACAUACCAUGGAUUAUGUGAACUAACUUCAACGGUUCAGGAAGGAGAACUUUGUGUGUUCUUUCGGAAUAAUCAUUUUAGCACCAUGACCAAAUACAAGGGUCUACUGUAUUUGUUGGUAACAGACCAGGGAUUUCUUACUGAAGAAAAAGUUGUUUGGGAAAGCCUACACAAUGUUGAUGGUGAUGGAAAUUUCUGUGACUCAGAGUUUCAUCUACGGCCUCCUUCAGAUCCUGAAACUGUAUACAGAGGACAACAAGAUCAAAUAGAUCAGGACUAUCUUAUGGCAUUAUCCCUACAACAAGAACAGCAGAGCCAAGAGAUCAGCUGGGAACGGAUACCUGAAGGAAUCAGCGAUUCAGAACUCGCCAAGAAACUGCAAGAAGAAGAAGACAGGCGGGCUUCUCAGUAUCUCCAGGAGCAAGAACAAGCCGCAGCCGCUGCUUCCGCCCCCUCGCGGGCCCAGCAGAGCCAGCCAGCACAAGCCUCUCCAUCAAGUGGAAGACAAUCUGGGAAUAGUGAACGUAAACGAAAGGAACCGCGAGAAAAAGAGAAAGAGAAAGAAAAGGACAAAAAUAGCUGUGUCAUUUUGUAAUAAGCAUUGGAUUCUUUUGGAACCAUCUAUCUAUCUUGAGAAACAAAACAACAGGAGGAAAGGAAGAAAAACCGAUAAAUACCGUCUGUGCCUGAUUUCCCAAUGGAUUUGUUCAUGUUUUUCAGGGGAAAGGUUGUUACUUAGUCACAAUCAGACUUUUACAAGUCACACAGUACACUUUAUGAGCUGGAGUUUGAUGUUACAAGUUGGAAAUGCUGUGUGUUGUCAUUCAUGAAAAAUACUGCACUUGUAGCCAAAUAAGCAAAUCACAGCAAAUUUUGUGUCAUAGUGACAUUCAUAACUCACAUCAGUUAGUAAGCUAUUUUAUCUUCUGUUCUAACAAUGAGUGGAAGUAGUUGAUUUUGUCUGAUUCCUUCCUGAAAUCUAAAUAUUAGCACAGUAGUUUCUGAAAUUAAUUUUUACAAUACUAAAUUAUGAUCUAAUUCACAAGAAACCAGGGGAUUAAUAAAGGGGUUUAAAAAGAAAAAGAAGAAAAAAAAAUAACAGGAAUAAACAACUCUUAAUGUUAUAUUAGACUAGUUCAGCCCUUGAGCAGCUUUAUGUUUCUUUAGGAAUGUACAUUUUAGGUAUUAUCUUGAGAACUGAUAAUGGAGUUAAUCCAAAUAAUUUAAUUUGGAUUUAAUUUAGAUAGAAAAAAUAUUUGUUUUUCUUUCCAAUAGCAAAAAAAUUACACAACACUAAUAUCGUAUCAAAAACAGAUACAGAUGUUAAUGACUUUGUAGUUUUGUGCAAUUUUGAAGAAUUUUGAAAUCUUUAAUAUAGGUAACUUGUACCACAGUUACUAUUUAUUGACUGUGAUAAGUAAGUGUAAGGAGGAAACCACAGUGGAUCCUAGGUCUUGUAAAUAUAGGGAUGUAGAAAAGCAGAUAGUUCAGUGUCUACCUUUUUCUAGCAUUACCUUGAACCUUAAAAUUUAAAUCAUGUUUAUUUGCUAGAAAAUUAAGUAUACUUACUAAAGCCAACAAUAAAGCACAUUUCUGAAAGGAAGUUAGAGAUAAUCUGAGUCUAGUGGAAAAGUAUUAAUAAAAAUCUGUUUGAGAACAGGAAGAAUUUUAAGGAGUUUAUGUAAAAGCAAUCAGAUUUUUUUAACUUAUGGGAACCAAAUAAACCUAUAACAUCUUUAGUGUUUAUAGGAUUCAGAAAGAUUAUUUAUUGAACUUUAUUAUGAAGCAACACAUAUUUUCCUGUAUUUCUAGAUAUAGUUUGAAAAACUAUCCUUAAUAGUCCUUUUAUAUCCUUUAUAUUUAAAAGUUUGUUUUAGUCAUUUUUGAAAAGACUGUUGCUGCUGCAAGUAGUUAUGUGAUUUACAUUAUAAGCUCCAGUAAAUUUGAAGAGCAUCUUUAUCUAACUUGAGCAUCUGCUUGGAGAAUGUUUUUGUGGUCUGGGGAGACAAUAGACUACAAAAAAAUGUGGUCUAAAUUUUUUAAGCUAUGUCUUUAACAUUCUCCAUGAUCCAAGACCAGUUAUAGGAUGAGUCUAUAUGUAAAAAGUAAAGUCUUAUUUAUGAAAGGAAUUAUUCUAAGGGAAAAAUUAAAAUCCAGGGUCAAGCUAUAUCUUUUAUGUCCUGUAUUGCAUGUCUGUUUAUCUUAUACCAUUUGUUAUUCCUUCAAAUUUUCUAUGUUAGCAUGAUAAAUCAUCAGAGAACCUGUUUGGGGUAUAAUACUUUGAUACAAAAUAUUUCAUGAGUUUCUUGAUAAUAACCCAGAAUAUGCAUACACUGGUAAAGUAAUUAAAUGUACUACAAAAUCCUCUGUUGGCUCAAACAAGUUGACCUUAAUCCAGGUUUACUCUUGAUAUCACUGCUGGUUGAGGGAGGAAACUCAAAUCUCAGGGUUUGUUUUUCCCAGAACAGAUAGUAGUGACAGUGCAUUAUAUUUUAAUAUGAAAAACAAAACAAUAAAUCCUGAGAAAUUUUUAAAGCAUAUUUGAGGCAUAUUUUUCCAUAAUUAUUAUCUAUUUAUUGCCCUUGAAAAAUAUAUGUAUAGAAGUUACUCUUCUGUUACUUGUUACUAUCUUCUUAAUUUGUUCCAAAGAUUAUACUGCCAUUCUUCAUUCCCUCUGAAAGAAAAAAAAACAAACUCAAAACCAGCAGUGCUGCUAUCAGAUAUAUAGAUAUCAAUGUAUACUGAUAAGAAAUAACUAAAAAAUGUAAUGUGUUUAUUAAUUCAGCCUUUUUCUAUUUAAUAUUUCCAAGUUAGCCUUUCUUACAUUCCUGAAAUUCAGUUUGAUAUACCAAGAGUAAUAAUGAUAAAAUGUUCACUUUGAUUACUGUGGGGAAAAAAUUAAACGUUAAAUUCUAUUAAAACAACUUCUCAGAUAUACUGGUUUCCCACCAUUGAAGGUUAUAAAGAAUUUAGAGCUAUCAUGUCUUUGUUUUCUUAUAUUUUAGUUAAGGCAAUGAAUUACAUAUUCAGACAUUUCAUUGCUGGUUUGGGUACAUUGGAAUUUGAUAAUGCUAUAUUAACGUCUUUUCUUCACAGUAUUUUAUAAUACUUGAAAAUUGUUACAUGUACACUGCUAGCAGAAGUUGGAGCUUAAGUAUUUUUGUUUUUAAUAUUUAUAGGCUAGAUUGGGGGAAAUUUGCAUCAAGCAAUCACCAUUAGAGCUAGCAAAAGAGUUACAUGAAUGAAUGGAUAUGGUCACUGCACUUCCUUGUGCUUUCACGGCCUAUUCCUUAAGGUUAGUGACCAGUCUUUGUUAACAAUAUGAACAUUUUUCUCUGUGUCUAAUCCCACUGAAUCAAUAGUGCUGUGAUUUACAAUAGGUUAUCAACACUUACAAGUACAUGUGUAUGCGUGUGUGUGUUUGAAGCAAGGAUCCUAUCUAACUUAUAUUAGAUUCUCAAAGGAAUGUGGGAACUUUACCUCAAAUUUAAGAAUUAAAUUAUUUUAAGAAUACACACUAAGUAGCUGGAGGCAGCUAAAAUGGACAUUGGCUGCUUCCUAUAAUGUGCUGGCCACUGUGCUUAGUUUAGGUAAAGUAACUUCUUCCAUUUUUCAAGGCUCAGGUUAGUAGUUGAAUGAGACAUAGAUUUAUGGUUAGGAUUAUGCCUUGGAAUAUAUUUUGUUUUAUUGUCUCACAUUUCCAGUACUUGACUACUAAUCCCACAUUAUGUUUCAGUUCUUCCUCAUGCUUCCUGAUCUUCGCUUAAGUAAGCAAGUUAGCAUCAGAGAUCAGUUGACUGAACCCAACAUGAACCAUUUUGUAUUUGCAUAAAACCUUAACAUUUUGUUUUCAGUGAAUCCCAACUCAGUUCACUAAGAGAAGAUCUCAAGAAGAAAAAGGACUAGAAGUCAAACAGAUGUUUGAGGAAAGGACUGUUGGGGUCCCAAUAUUAAUGUUGGCAUAUGAAGCAGAUACUUGUAAAAUGCUGCUGGAGAAAAAGCAAGGGCAAGAAUUUCUAGAAUUAUCCUCAAACAGUAUCACUUAUUUAAACAUUUUUUUGAAAAGCAAAAAGCAAAUUGAUCACACUUCACUUAACUUUCCUAUUCAAUGUACCAAUUAUUUUUAAAUAGGAUAGAAAGCUUAUGGACUUUACCUAUCACACAGUACUUUGGCAUACAUCUUAAAACUGUAAUUAUAAACUUCCCGAUGUUUGAUAAAAUAAGGUGGAGGCAUUAAAGAUAGUAUAAAAUUUGUAUUUUAAGGAGUGGAAAUAUGGAAUUCUGAAUCACUUUAUGUCUAAAACCAGGCUUCUGUCUUUGAGGGCAAACUUUCUGUGCCUCAGUUUACUCCAAAUAUGUAAAGAAUGUUCAUUUUUUUUAGUGCUUUGCACUUCUGAAUAAAGGACAUAGUAAAAGGCCAGAGUAUUAAGUAAUCAUAAAUACUACGCAUCUUUUGUUCUUGAAUGUGCAUAUUUUUUUUUGCAAUGGCAGUAUUUCUUUAGUUUUUUUAAUGGUAUCAACAUUUGUAGAAUUGUCUUGUCUUUGAGUAUGUCAUAAUCUCAACAGUGUCAACAACUCCUAAAUUGUAUUUUACAGUUGAUUUUGUGUUCUGUUGACUGUGCGGUCAAAAUCGAGCACUUUUGAACUAUGAAAGCAUUAGAAAAUGAUUUCUCCCAGUAUCUUCCAUAUAUCUAAAUAUUUUAUUUCUCUUUGCCUUUUCCUCCAUGGAACAAAGUACAGUGGUAUCAGUUACCAAUACAUAUAUAUGUGUAGACUUUUUGCAUUGAUGGAAUUCAUUUAGGUCUCUCAAAUACUGUCAUUUUUAGGUUUGUUUAAAUUAUUUGUUUGUUAACCAAGUGUAAAUGUUACUUGAUUAUGUAUAAUUAAAUUCCUUUUAGAAAGUUAAUGAAAAUUGACUCAUCAGAAUCAGGAGUUCUUAGGUUCCCUGGUAAUGCAAUGUAUUUUUUUUUCUUUUUCAAUCAAUGUUCAACACUUCUAGAGCUGUUGGGAAAACAUAAAGAAUUGAGGUUUCUCUUUAAAACAAACUAAAGUUUAAAAUUGGAGGCUUUCUGAACAAAAUUAAUUACAAAAACAGAGAUAAUGGAGUCUGAGGGACAAAUUGUAGGACCCUCAUAAGUUUAACAUAUUUUGAAGAUAUAUCUUAAUUUAAUUCUCUUGCUUAACCCCUGUUUUGCUGUUACAGAGUUUAAUAAGUUGUGAUAGACAUACAUUUUUACAUGAAAGAUUCUACUUUCUGAUUUUACUUUUUUCAUCUCAGAAAAGUUAAACUCAAAAAAUAGGGCAAAAGUCUUCAACUAUUGCCUCAGGUUCAGCUUUGUCCUCUUGUCCUGAGAAAGGAGGAGAUUUACAUUUGUUUGCUUAUAAAAUAUUUUUUAGGGUGUAGUAAUAUCCCAGAUAAAGGUUCGAAAUACCAUGGUAAAAAUACAAAGCCUAAAGCUUCAAACCACAGAUUUAAAGAACAAAAAAAUGGAAUAUUAUUGUACAUUAUAUCCCUACUUCACCUAAUAAUUAAUUUUAAGAGUUUCUUCAAAUCACUUAAUAAUUUUUCAUCAUUAACGUGAAAAACUUUAUAUCCAUCCUCACUGUAAUGUCCUGCUCUGAGAGGGAGGGAUAACUCAUAAAUUACCCACAGGGAUAACUCAUAGGAUACACAAAGCAAAAUUCUUCUAAGGGUGAUCCUGACUUCUUUGUCUCUAGUAGUUAACAGCUUUAAAGUGGAAGUCAGGAAACUGAAAUGCCCAUUUAAAUUCCCAAAUCAGUGACCUGUCCAAAUGGGUAUUGUAGCUGAAAUAUCCUACAGACUACUUCUAACUAAAGGAAUGUAUUUUAAAACUAAAAGUCUUUGAAGAUAUGUCCUGUGUGUCUCUCAAUUUUAUCAGGUUUUGCUGUUCUUUGUUAUAUCUUAGUUAAAUUAAAUAACCAUUUUUUCCCCGGAGUGCAUAGGAUAUCUCAGCUUUGUGGAUUUUUAAAGAUGAGAAUUUGAAAAGCUUCCAGUGGUUGUUGGUAGAAGGCUAUCUUCCUCAUUAAAAUGACAACUAUUGUUAUCACAGAUCCGCAGAAGUAGGACAAUAUGAUAGAAAAUUGACAUUUAAGUGCUGCACAACAGUCAGCAAAAGGCAUAAUCUUCACUUGUGAAACUUCAGAGGAACCUGAAAGUCAUAACCUAAAGUUAGUGCAUGUGAAUCUUUUUCCUUGAAUUGCGCAGAAUAAUUGGAUUGUGGCACAUAUUUGGGGAGUAACAAAUAAAAUGGUAUGAUGACUGCAGAGAAAGUGACCUUGAAAUACAGCAAGAAGAAACAAGAACUCUUCUUUAUUGUCAGACUCCACUUUAUUGUCAGACUAUUUGGGUCAGGAAGUUGCUAUGAUAUAUCACACAAUAUGUCAGGCCAAGAUUGGCCAAUUGAAAUAGUUUUCAGAGUUUAAACAUUAAGUCUACGUUUAAGUACCUAUUGUUUUCUCCUCCUUGCCGACCUUAAUGUCCAUUCCACUUCUGAAAUGAUCUGUUUUGCUUUAUCACCAGCUAUAAUUCCAGUUUAAGAGAAAUAGCAACCCUAGAAGUUGAUAGGAAAGAGCAUUAAAUACAUUUUUUUUAAUAAAGACACCUAAAGGCAUCUACCAAGCUCAGAAUUGAGAUGAUUCUAUGAAAGAAAAUUGUUUUAAGUACUAAUUAUGCUAAAACUAUUUAAUUCUAAAAUCUAUGUCUUUAAAAAGUGUCAGAAGUUUGACUUUCAGAUGAUAGUCUUUAAAAAGGCUUAUUAAACAAAUGGAAAAGUAUAAAGUAUUUCCAACAAUUACUCAGUAUUAUUCAACAUUUAAUUUCAUGUUUGUUAUUGUACCACAAGAAUAGUGUCAUUCUUGGAUUAAAAUGUUGAAUUUUUUGUUAAUAUACUUAAAACUGUAACUAGUGAUAACACCCUUACUAUUUUUUAUUAUAGAUUAUAUUUUAUUUCAAUAAACUUUGAUAUUUAGACCA